UAGUAUUUUUGAAUAGAAUAUAAAAAACUGUAAAAAAACAAUGUUUGAAGAUAGAUAAAAAUUAAAAUGCUUAAACCUGCUCAAAUGUUCGUUUCUUUAAAUGAUUCUGAUGAAAGUAAAGAAAAUGUAGGAAAAAAAUGUACGAGACAGAUACGAAUACAUGAAGUGGGUGAGGCAGUUAUGAAACCGGAUCGCAUUAAAAGUUGUCUUAAAUUAUAUGCAAGUAAGGAUACGGUUGAAGCGGUUAAGCAAAGUAUUUCUCGUCGUAUUGAUUACAUACUUCAAACUUUAAGAAAUAACAAUACCAGUGAUGUUACCACACACCAGACGUUAUCUUAUUCCAAAGAAAACAAUUUAUAUACAAUGCAAGCAGAAAUUAUAAUUGAAUUUUGCGAUAUUUUUACAUAUGAAAAUACAUUAAAUUUUUUAGUUGAAAAACUCGGAGAUCGUAUAAGUUUUCCAAAAAAUCCAUUAUUUUACCAUUCAACAGGGAAGUUGACCGAACUGCGACGUCAAGCAAGUUUAAAUGCUGUUCAUAACUCUCGCAGUAAAGCGUUAUCGAUAGCUCAGCUUCUCAAUCAGAGUCUCGGUUCCCCUAUUCUAAUCCAAGAAGAAGAUGUAACUGAAACAAAAGGUGUUUAUUUGGGGGAUGAUGCUGUUUCGAUACAAAGUCAACUUGAACUUAAUACAACAAAAGUAACAGUUAAAGUUUACGCUGUAUUUGAAUGCGUUGAGAGGUUGAAGAAAAAUACUUAAAAUAUUAAAAAUAUAUAUUCUGCAUUUUAUUAUAGUAUGACCAUCUAAUUUUAAUAUGA